AUUUGGCAGCUGAGAAGCACCACAGAGCAUCGAGCACCAGAGGAAACCCUUUGAAGAACUUACCAGCCCAAGGAUCAACCAGCACCUAAAGGAUACUUAAAAAGAUCUAGCAUAUGAGUGCUAUUUACGUGCUGUGUGCCUGUCACCUGAAUUAUACAUAGUACCUUAGGAAUACCUUACAUGCACAAACUGACAAAAAAUAUUUUGUGAAAUACCUGAAAAGUUCCUAAGGAAUACCUAGUACUCACCAAGCACCAGAAAAAUCACUAGAAUUCCAAGGAACAUCAUCAUCCAAGGAUAAUGUAGGUUUUCACCAGCAAUCACACAUUAUGUGCCAGAAAAGAUGUAGUUUAGCAAAUCACAAACAUCACAAGAAUAAGUGGAAACAUCCUCCUACUUGUUAUUAUAAACUGGCAUCCACUACCCAUUAUCCACUAUGUCGUCUGCCCUUCCCUCCUCUAUCGCCUUGUUUCUCUUCCUCACCCUUUUCUCCCUUAAAGCUUCCCUGUGCCAACCAGAAAUUGUGGUGCUGAAGCUAGCAGAGGGUGGCACCAGCAAACCACAUCGCCUGCUGCCUCUUCAUGACCAUAAAGACUCAGAGAUGCCAACUGCUGCUGCACAAUUAAGUCUCCUGCACGAGGAGGAGAUGUCUGCCAGUACACAACAAGAUGAGGACAAAUCACAAAAUGCAAAUGUAAAGCAGCAAGUGACCCAAGAAAGUAUGACCAUACUCCCAAGUGGGAAAAGGUCAGUGCAACAUGAGAGACAGACAGAGGAUGCAAGAAGCUCAAGUCCAGAUUCUGCUACUGGAGGUUUCCAGCCCACACUGAAACCAACAGAAACUAGCCCAGCAGUGAGAACAACAACAGCUUCUACGUCACCCACAGAGCUUCCAAACUGGACUCCAGAAAAAAACACAACAUUUCCGUCUUCCACAAACCCCUCUCUGAGUACAGUGACACCCGCACCACCCUCAUUGUGCCACCAGGAAUGCCUGGCUGCCCUCAAUGCAAUCCGCCUUCAUCCUCAUACCAGCCUCACACUGAGACAAGGGUCAGAGCUGACAUUGCGGUGUGAAGUCCCACUGGCUCCUCCAGUGGUUAUGGAAAGUGUAGUGUGGCUCUACCAGUCUGAUGACAUUGGCAGGGGGCAGUGUGCCCUCACUCCAAAGGAUUUCAUUCCACCAUGCCAGGGCUUCCAGACCAUCUCACACAUAAAUGACAUAAAUGCCACCUUAAUCAAGGAUACUAUUGGAGUAGGCAACCUGCAAGCAAACUACAGUGGCCAAUACAUGUGUCAGGUGCAAAUAACAUGUUGCCCUCGAAGUGAACAGGAGCAUGUGAUGAACCAUGAGUUAAGUUCUCGUGUCACUGUGUGGUUGAGAGACUACACAAUUGACCUUGCCAUCACUGGGUCCCUAGCAGUGGGAUUGGUCCUUCUCCUGACUGCUGGCAGCAUCUAUCUAGCUCGGCAAAACCAUGGCGACUAUGUGGCUAUCACGGACAAAACGCUGGACGUAAAGCCGAUGACAGUUCUCCACAUCCCUCUUGUAGAUGACCAAGACAAUGACAGUUUUGACAGUAAUUUUGAUGAGCAAGAAUAAGUCAUUAAUAUGUAUAUUAUAUAUUUAUAGGAAUGUAUACCUUUUAGCAGUCAUUAUGUAGUGAAAUAAAGUAUUAAAUGAU